AAAAAUACGGAGUUUCCUGAACUAAAAAGUCUAGUAGAUAGGCUUCAAGUUAAUAACGAACUAGAUGCUGAUACGAUUAGAGAUGACUAUGCUGAUAUUUUCCAAGAGUCAGAAGAUGCCGAAAGUUUAAAUUUAUCAUCGCUGGAUCUUUCGGAAAUCUUGUGGGACGUUUCACUUUUGUCCACCAACGAGAAUACGACAAAGAGUGAUCAACCAAAGGAUAAAUCUAUUAAAGUCAAAUCCAAAGUUAAAGGGUCAAAUAAAGUACGUGUUAAACUAUUAUCAAGCCCAGUUUGUAAAAAGAAGAAUACAUCGAAGACAAAGGUGCCGACAACACCAUCAGCAAAGGUCGCUAAACAACAAAUCAUUAACAUAAAUAAUAUACAACAAUGUGCGCAAAUGUGUCAAAUCUCGAAAAAGUUGUUGCACGUAUCGAUAAGGAGGCGGUGAACUUCGACGCCAAAUUAAGUGCUCUUAGUUUGGCAAAUAGAGUCCAAAAUGAAAUGUCAAUUCUGAGGAAAGCUUUUGACGAAAAAGUUUUGCAAUACGGUGAACGUACUAAUAAAGCCGAAUUGGAAGUCAAAAAAUUGCAAGGACGCCUUGGAUCCCUGGUUGAAGAGAAGAAUCAAUUAUCCAAAAAAAUCCGAAGUUUGGAAAAGUCAAAUAAAUCAUUAUCAGACCAAGUCGAAGAACUACAAAAUAAUACAGAAGAUGAUGCAGUCCAGAGAGAAUCGGGACGUGUCGUUCAGAACGAGCUAAGCGCCAAUGUAACGGACAGAAAUAAACCCGAAGUCCUAAUAACUAAAGAAGAAAGUGGUCCCAUACCAACUAAAAAAGCCGAUCCUUCAUAA